GACUAUCCUUGACGUUCAUUGGCUGUGCAAAGGCGCCCCCCCUCGUAAAUGUUCCAGGCUAACUGCAUGUCAAGUUUAAGCCAGACGCUACAUCCGCAGAUAAUGUUCCCGUUUCAACACAGACUAACGUUUUUGCUUUGACUAUGGCAUUAAACUGCAGCACAUUUAGCCGCCUUAUCUUAGGAGCACAGACCGCGGCUGAGGCCUGCGGAAAGCGAGCAGUUCAACAGACAAGUGGGAGAUACAGAGUGUGUCGAUGGUAUGCUGGUGUCACUCAUGAAGAGAAAACUCUGGAGCAGGUCGGAGAGCUUAUGGUUCCAGGUAGUCAGAGGCGAGUCCUGAAGGAUGUCCUGCCUUUCUCAGCAUUCCUUAUGGAUUCCUUUGGACGCAGGCAUAAUUACCUUCGCAUGUCUCUUACUGAGAAAUGUAACCUCCGCUGUCAGUACUGUAUGCCGCAGGAAGGGGUAACGCUUACCCCUCGCUCUCAGCUCCUAACAGCAGAGGAGUUGCUGAUGUUAGCCAGACUCUUUGUACGAGAGGGGGUAAACAAGAUACGACUGACUGGAGGAGAACCUCUCAUACGCCCAGACGUUCUGCCUAUAAUAGCGGAACUUAGGAAGUUGGAGGGUCUGAAGACCAUUGCAGUCACUACAAAUGGGAUGAAUUUGACCCGACUGUUGCCCAGUCUAAAGAAAGCUGGAGUAGAUCUGCUCAACAUAAGUCUAGACACUCUGGUCCCUGCAAAAUUUGAGUUCAUCGCUAGACGAAAAGGGUUUCAUAAAGUGAUGGAGGGCAUUGAAAAGGCUAUUGAAAUGGGCUACAAUCCAGUUAAGGUGAACUGUGUGGUCAUGAGAGGUUUGAAUGAAGAUGAGUUGAUUGACUUUGUGUCACUGACAGAGAGGAAACCAUUGGAUGUGAGAUUCAUAGAGUACAUGCCUUUUGAUGGUAACAGAUGGAAUUUCAAGAUGAUGGUGAGCUAUCAGGAGAUGCUGGACUGUAUAAAGCAAAAAUGGCCCAAUCUGGAGCCUGUGCCUGGAGAGGAAAUGGAUACAGCCAAGGCGUUUAGAGUACCAGGAUUUCAGGGCCAGCUGGGCUUCAUUACCUCCAUGUCAGACAAUUUCUGUGGCUCCUGUAACCGCCUGCGCAUCACGGCUGAUGGCAACCUUAAGGUUUGUUUGUUUGGAAAUUCAGAGGUGUCUUUGAGGGAUUUUCUGCGCUCUGGAGCAACUGAAGAGGAACUACUGCACAUCAUAGGGGCAGCAGUCGGGAGGAAGAAGAAACAGCAUGCGGGGAUGUUCAAUAUAUCUCAGAUGAAGAACAGGCCAAUGAUCCUCAUUGGUAGAGAAUACAACUGGCUUCUGUCAGUGCCUCUGUUUAGAGGCAGUCAGAGGCAGCCUCUUCCUCUGAUCCACUGCAUGGAUUCAGCAGCCUCUGCUACAUCAGAGGCACUUUGCAGUGAAGUGAUGACCGAAUCUUUUCAUCAAGUGAAUGCUGGUGCCUUAAAAAACCCCACAGCUUCAACUGUUCAUAUGCAUAUUUUGCGCUGGGGGUCUCAGCCACCACAGCUACAGUCCAAAACAUUUCCUCCCAUCCUCUUUCAGAGUGCACUACUGUCAACAUACAAAUUUAGAGAUUCACCUCACCACCAGUUUGCACGCCACUACUGCAGCAAAACCCCUGAAUGUGGGUUUGAUUCGAAAACACCUCAUACAGAUGCACAGUCCUCCAGUCUUGAUGGAACCUCUGAUCAGUUGACCCACACUGAUGCACAGGGUAAAGCCUCCAUGGUCAACGUGGGCGGAAAGGCGGUAACUUGUCGUACAGCCAUGGCUUGUGGCAAGGUCAUCCUGGGCCCAAAAGCUUUUAAUUUGGUGCGUGCCAACCAACUUGCCAAGGGUGAUGCACUAGCGGUAGCACAGCUAGCUGGCAUCAUGGGUGCCAAGCAGACCUCAUCUCUCAUUCCCCUCUGCCACCCGCUUCCUCUUGACCACGCCUCCGUUACCAUAGAGUUGCUGGAGGAAGAACAUGCUGUCAUCAUCAAGGCAACCUGCCAAACCACGGGCCGCACAGGAGUGGAGAUGGAAGCCCUGACUGCCGCUGCGGUGGCUACGCUAACCCUCUAUGACAUGUGCAAGUCAGUCAGCCAUGAUAUUGUUAUUACUGACAUCAAGUUGCUCAGCAAGACGGGCGGACAGAGAGGUGAAUUUCAUUGGUCACCUGAUUCCUAAAGAACGCAUAAACGGCUGGCUUAAUCUCACCUGUUUGAAUGUAGCUACAGUAUUUAAUUUUUUCAUUUUAGAAUGACACCAGUUUUCUGUAACAAAAUG